AUGGCUACAAAGAUAACACCAACGAUUCAGCUGAGUUCAGAGAAUGGUGAUUUCAUAGAGAUUCCAACUAUAUUCACAGUUGCCAAUGGUCAAUAUUUCAAUUAUAUAUUAAAUUACAAUGUGCCUUACGGAUUUGGAAUGAAUUCUAUAUCAGUUGGUAUAUUUGGAAUUGCUGACCAAUUAUACAACUAUAAUGGAUAUGCCACUCAAGAUCUAAAGACAAAUUCAUUCCCAUAUGCAAUUAAAACAACCUUUACUUUGGAUAUUCCUAUUUUGAAGAGUUCUACGACAAUUUAUAGCUCAGGUGGAAGUUUUGCAAUAUUUGGUCGAGGUUUUGGAAAACUUAUCAAUGAAACAAAAGUCAGGAUUGAUUUCUCCGAUGGAUAUGGUUAUGUUGAUUAUCCAAUAACAAGUUUAGGAAAUGUAUUAAUGUUUGAUAAUGUUCCUCCAAUCAACGCAUCAUAUGUUUCGGUAUAUGCAAUCAAAAAAUCUGUCUAUUCAGCAGUUAAUAGUUUUCCAGUUACAUUUUCUAAUAAACCUGCUCCAACUCCAACACCAACCAAUCCAACCCCCACACCAAAAGAUCCUACAACAUGUAUACCAAAUUGUAAUAAUAAUGGAAAGUGUAUCAACUCUAUUUGUGUUUGUCAAUCACCAUGGUAUGGUCCAUCGUGUUCUUCAAAAAUUGUAAUUAUUCCAGUUCCUCCAUCAUACCCAGAUCCAGUAACAGGAACAAAUAUAACAGAAUCUGGAAGUUUAAUCACAACAUCGAUUGAAAUCAUUGGAGUAAGAGAAUUGGAUGCAACAAUGAAUGUUGUUCAAACAUUCAAUAUCAGUAAAUGGUAUUUUACAGAUCUAAGCAAAAUAUCAACGAAUCCAAAAUAUUUCUAUUCAACACAAUUAGACAAUAGAUCAACAUUAUUAAAUGUAUCGAUUGAAUAUUUCAAGAAUUCAGACAAUAUCACAUUUGCAGAUGAACAACUCUUCAUUCCAGAAUCGACAAUCAAAUUCUCAAUGAAUAUGAGUUCAUAUCAAUUCAAAGAUCAAACGAAUCUCAUUCAAAUAUUGAUGAGAUCAUCGAUUCAAACAGAUAAAUCGGAUGUUUGUUCAUCAUCUGGUGUUGGUGUUGUCGAUAAGAGUGUUCAAUGGAUCAAAUUGAAUGUUGGAGAUAACAGUCUUUAUGGAAGAUUCCUUUCGAAGGGUGUCGUAGACAACAGGGUCAGAAACAUUCAGAAUAUAAUCAUUGAAGAUGACGAAGAUCAAACCAAACAAAUUAGAUCAGCUGUAGUUGGUAUGACAGUUGGAGCUUAUGGUGAUUAUAUCAGUUUAGAUCCAGAUUUCUCAAAUCUAAUUGAUGUUGGAGAAACAGAUACCUCUGAUUUCAUUUGUUCAUCAUCAAAGAAAUUAAGUAAUGGUGCAAUUGCUGGUAUUGUUGUUGGUGUUGUUGUCUUUGUUUCAAUUGGAGUUGCACUUGUAAUUCUUUUCCUCAAAAAAAAGAAAUUCAGACUCCAACAAUUGAAAAUGGAGAAAAGAAUGAGAGAAAUUAAUAAAGGACUUUAA